AUGGCCGGCAGGGACGCGGACGACGAGGGUCCCACGCGGAGGGGCGGCGCGGCGAGGCUUUCGGGGGCCGCCGGCGGGCGGGGAGGCGAGGCAGCCGUCAGCCGCCCAGAGCCGCUGUCCACUGCUGAAGCGCCGGCCGAGGGCGCCGUGCUGCCCGCCUGGAUGCGCCUCUACUUCUACGGGAUGCACGGGAUCACCCUGGACGUGCUCCUGUCUGCGGCGCGGCGCUUCGUUCGCAGCCCCGACCUCCGGAUGCUGGGCUUCUCCUCACCCUACCACUGCCUCCUGCACUCGCUCACCCACUUUGCCCUGGAGAAGGUCUACCUGCAGCAGCGGCGCUGCCCCAGCGCCUUCGUCUUCAAUUUCCUCCUCUACCCCUCGGCCCACAUGGGGCUGCAGACCCUGGCGGGCGCGUUGCUUAGCCAGGGCGGCGGGCCGGGGGGCGCAGCGGCGCCGGGGGCGCUGGACCUGGCGCUGCAGUACGUGCUGGCGCUCUACCACUGCCAAGUGUUCCUGAAGCGCUUCCUGCGCUUGCGGUACCAGCGGCGGCAGCAGCAGCAGCAGCAACAGCUGCUGCGGGGCGCGCCCCCCGCCCCUGCAGGCUCCCGGGUCCCUGCGGCAGCCGGCGGCCGGCGGCGGAGACCUCGCGGCCCCAGGGGCGCCGGGGGAGCCCCCAGCCAGGGGCUGCCGGACCUGCUCCGCUUUCUUUUCUUCGGAAUGCACGGCUUUUUGGAUGAGAUCUUCUUCACAUUCUUCUUUAACGUGCUGGGGCAGGGGGACGGGACAAGCAGCGGCCACACGUCUCUCUGGUCCUUCUUUAUGUACGGCAGCUGCAGUUUCGUGGUGGAAAAGCUCUACUUCCACCUCCACUACAGUCGGGGCUGGGGCACCUGGAAGCGAGUGCCCUUCUACGUGAUCUUCAUCUACGCGUGGGAGUUGUCCUGGGGUCUGGGACUCCGCACUUGGGGCGCUUGUUCCUGGGACUAUUCUCACUAUCCGCUCAAUUUCAUGGGCCUUAUUACCCUGAUGUAUUUACCUGGUUGGAUAUUCCUUAGUGUGUACCAGGACCUACUUUCCAACGUGUUGUGGCAGGUGCAGUACGUAUCAACUAACUAA